AUGCCGUUGGUCAGUUUUGGAGAGGUUGAAGUUAACUUUCCCCACGAACCCUAUGAGUGUCAAAAGAAUUAUAUGCAAAGUGUCGUGGAUGCUUUAUCACAGCGACGACAUGCAAUUCUGGAGUCACCAACAGGUACUGGGAAGACUCUAUGCCUUCUUUGUGCCUCUCUCGGGUGGUUGGAAUACUCUUUGGCCCAACAACAGUUAAAGAGACUUGAACAACCGUGGGACAGCACAAGCCCUUGUGGGCCGCUCAAUUCAUCAAACAAAUUUGAUGCACCCUUGCUGAUAUUCUCUUCGCGUACCCACGCACAAUUGAAUCAGGCUGUUCAGGCAUUUAAAAACACUGUCUACUCUGGCCGCAGAAUUGGUGUCCUUGGCUCCCGUGACCAGCUUUGCUCUCUGCCCGAAGUACUCAACCUUGAGACGAAUUCCGCCAAGGUAUACCAGUGCAGACUGCGUGUUUCCACUCGAACUUGCGAAUACUAUCGCAAUUUCGAUGCCAGUAGAGAUAAGCUGUUGGAUACAAUGAAGACAUCGAAAAUCACGGAUAUUGAGGACUUGGUCAAAUUUGGUCGGGAGAAUAGAGCCUGUGCCUAUUAUUUAUCACGAGAGGUGAAAUCGGACGCGGAAAUUCUCUUCAUGCCUUACAAUUAUCUCCUUGACGUUAAGAUCAGAACCCUUUAUGGUAUUGAAUUGACAAAUGCUGUUGUUAUCUUCGAUGAAGCGCACAAUAUUGAGCAGGUAUGCGAAGAUGCCGCCUCAGCCACUCUCACCUCAGCCUUUGUAGCGUCAGCAAUCGAGGAAUUGCGUGUUAUCGGCGAGUACAUCUUCAGCCUAACCUCUGGUGGUGAGGGUGACGAUAUCGAUGGGUUGGGAGGGCUAGAAGGCAUCGCGCAACCCCUCGGUAGGGUGAACCGACUAGAUAUCUCCCAGCCCACUAAUGAUGGUGCUGCUGCGAUUGGUCUUUCAAGUGUUCUCACCCUGAAAGGCCAGCUGCUUGAGCUGGAACGACUUCUCGAUGGCCUCGGUGACAGUGCUUCAACCACUGAUACCAUCAAACCUGGAGAAUAUGUCUUCGAAUUACUUGGACAGGCUGGCAUAACCAUUAAUAAUCACGGGCAAAUCCAAGAUUUGAUAGACCAAAUAAUCAACGCUUCGAUUUCCAUGGAUGGUGAUAUUUUUGCGCCCCAUUCUCUCCAGAAAGUCUUUGUCGAUAACACCGGCGGAAAGUCAUCAUCGCUGCUAGCGCGUCAACGCUCUGCGAGCUGUUUUCGCGUCCACGUCAAGGUGGAGUUUCCCUCAAUGAGGAACUUUAAGGAAAUAACGGAUGUGUGGGGAAAGAAUCCAAUUUCCAUAGUUGAUGGAAACAGUGGCAGCGGCAGGGAAACCAAAAACGUCUGUCUCAGCUAUUGGUGUCUUACACCGGGACGAGCAAUGCACGAACUCCUGGAGCUGAAUGUACGCAACAUAAUUCUUACCAGCGGCACCCUCUAUCCCAUUACAUCACUUCAGGCGGAAUUGGGUCUGCAGUCGGCGAUAGUGCUUCAAAAUCCCCACGUCGUAAACUCCGACCAAAUUCACGUUGCCGUGCUGCCAAAGGCUCCAGACGGUGGAACACUCAAUUCCAGUUUUGAGCACCGUGCCAACUCAGCCUAUCAUCGAUCUCUUGGUCUGACUCUUAUGAACCUCUUCCGUGUUGUACCAGGCGGUGUUCUUGUCUUCUUUCCAUCCUACGCGCUUAUGAAAAUGUGUCUGGACGCGUGGCAGAACUCAGAUAUCUACAACAAAUUCCUUGACUCCAAGAAGAUCUUCACUGAGCCUCGAGACAAGACUCAAUUCCAACAGAUAACCACAGGCUAUAUGGAGGCGGCCACAAGCACCGCCGGAGGUUCGGUGCUCUUUUCCGUGAUGCGUGGUAAGGCCAGUGAGGGUUUGGACCUGGCAGACCAAACCAGUCGUGCCGUGGUGAUUGUUGGCAUCGCCUAUCCACCACAGGAGGAUCCUCGUGUCAAAAUUAAGAUGGCUUUCCUUGACGAGCGGCGCUUCCAAGCGGACAGCAUCAAGGAUCUACCCACUGGCCGACAAUGGUACAAGCUUCAGGCUUGGCGUGCUGUCAAUCAGGCUGUUGGAAGAGUGAUUCGCCACAUUCACGACUUCGGGGCUGUCUUCCUCUGCGAUGAGCGUUUUGCAUCGCCUGAGGCACGUUCCCACCUGCCCACUUGGAUGCGCUCCAGUGUCUGCGUCUACGACAGCUUUGGCCCCGUUCUCAAGGCGGCCAGUGAAUUUUUUCGGACAGCCCAGGCGAAGUACCCAACAUUUUUGAAAGGCCCCAUGAAACCGUUACCUGCUAGGAGAAGUUCCACGCCGGUGGGACAUACAGCCCCAUCGCGACUUGGUUUGGCUCUGGAUGGCGGUGUAUUAAGAUUCCCGAGUGCUGCAGGUCAUAUUGCAACGUACGUCGGGAGUUUAUCUACCAGUUCUGGAGUUAGCGAUUUUCUGGCAGACUACUCUUUUGAAGAACCACUACCGGAAGGCGAAGCAGAGAGUAGUCAUACAAGUUCUCAAUCCACAAAACCAUCGACGUCACUAUUGGAUCGCAUCUAUUGCAACGUUCAGCAGCCUUCUUCGGAGCAGACUUCCAAGCGUCCAACUUCGGAUAUGUCCUCCUCAAAAGGCCCUAAUAGCAAUGAUGAUGAAGCUUUUGCAGCACGCCUGCUAAAACGCCACCAAACGGCAAAACGCAUUAAAUUGGUGAAGCAGCACCUCAACCCCGAGACGGGUGAUAGUGUUACUACUCCCGACUACUUGACCGCCGUUCGUACACUCUUCAGCCGUGCCUCCAUGGGCAAGGAGAACCACUGCUUUGAGGAAUUUAAGGGUGCCCUAUCGAACUACAAGGCGAAUGGAACGGAGGCUGGAUCGUCGUCUGUCGAAAGGGUUUUCGCUGCUCUUGCGAGUCUUUUCAUACCGCUUGAUGCACCUGGCCUACUUAGGGAUUUUAUUGUUUUUGUGAGGGACAGUGACAAACCUAAGUAUGCCGAACUCUGCAAAGGUCUUACCGGCCUGUCAGUGACGUCUGGUGAGAACACUGCUGCGUCCUCAUCUGAUGCCGCCUCUACAUCGGCUUUUACGGCCACAAAAGAAGCAUCACCGCCCGUGUCGUGCGUUCGUUGCAAGAAGUCACCCAUCACUGAUGCUCUUCGUGCUCCCUGUGGUCAUAUCUGCUGCUUCAGCUGUUGGCGCAUCAUCAUUGAAGAGAACCUUCCAUUCUCUUAUGAUGAUCGGUGCGGGAGAGAGACCACGGGAAGUGCGGAUGAUGAAGCUCCAAAGAAAAGGGAGUCAUCACACAAAAUUUCCUUUUCUUCCAUUGGGUAA